ACCGAUCGCCAGGACAGUGAGGUGUUGGUGGUGUACGAGUAUCAAUGGUCAUUAACGCUACUUCUGUUCCUUUCCUUUACCUUUAACUUCAAGGCAACUAAAUCAAUCAAAACACUAGCAGACUUUGACAUCUAUCCUCACUACUCAUCGUAAAAUACCCUACACCAACAGUUUUCCUCCUUUAGAUUAUCGUAAUCUAGGUCAAACUUCCAUCACCUCCACAUCUCUUGAUUGCCCUUCGAUCGCCAUGUCUGUCGAGGUCAAUCCAUCCCAACUCGGUUUUCAACGUCCUCUCACUCAGUUGGUCAAACGUACCCUUACCGUCUCCAAUCCUAAUGCGCAACCUAUCGCCUUCAAAGUCAAAACCACUGCUCCGAAGCAGUAUUGUGUACGUCCCAACAGUGGAAGAAUUGAGCCGGGGGAGCGAGUAGAAGUUUCGGUUCUCCUUCAGCCCAUGAAAGAAGAUCCAGAGGCUGGAGCAAAAUGCCGUGAUAAGUUUUUAGUUCAGAGCACGAUCAUCACCCCCGAGCGAGAAUCUCGCCCAUUUGCUGAGCUGUGGUCGUCCGUGGAAAAAGAAGAUAAGAGCUCGAUCUCUGAACACAAGAUCCGUUGCACUUAUCUCCCCCCUGCCGAUGAGCUUAACGGUGCUCCCCAAACCAACGAAUUUGGCGUUCAUAAAAAUGGUAAUGGUCCCGCAGGCCUUGGCGCUAUACCGCACACCACUAACCGAGAUGAUGAUGAUGAUCCACGAUUCAAUUCCGUCCGCAGUAGUAAUAUCGGUACAUAUCAUCAGGCUCCAUCAGGGUCUCCGCCAAAUCGCUUCGAGCUCGAUCAGCCGGAUACUACCGUCUACGUCGCCGCUCAAGAUGAGUCCUUUACAGGUCGCCAAAGGAUCAAUUCGUCGACCUCUCCCAUUCACACCCUCAAACAUCGUGCUUCAGGCCAAACUUCUCUCUCGGCAACCGAAGAUGGAAAAGGGGGCCCGCCUGCACCUUCUGCACCAUCCAGAUCUUCGCCUUCUAUGAAUGGUAUCAGCCACAAGUCAUCCAACCCUCUUCCCCCUGUGACUCUUGAAGAGGUUCAUAAGUUGACAGCUCAACUGUCAGCAGCUCAAAAAGAAAUUGAAAGGCUGAAAACAUCACUCAAACAAGGAGAAGAAGGUUUACGAAAAAGAAACAGUCAUGCAGGCGCCAACUCGCAUGUGAGUGGAGCCGACAUGAUGACAUUGGGUACACAUGGUCUCAAGGGGCCAUCCGGUCUCGUUCCGGUCCAAACCGUCGUCUUAAUCUCCAUUGGCGUAUUUGCCUUUACCUGGUUAUUCUUUUAAUAUGAUCGAACAGGGUAUCAAGCCCAUGCUCAGCCUCCCUACACUGAUCAUUUAACUCUCAUGCCCAACCUUGAAAGACUGACGUGGAGAUAUUGACUCGACCCGAGUCAUCCCGAUCAACCUAUUCGCAUUUUCAACAUCUCGAUAAUUUUUUCACUAAUCUAAUAUUGUGACUAGCGAUUUAUCACACUAUUUCAUGUUCACCACAUUGUCGACGGACGCGAGAUGCUUCUCUUAUCUUAUUAUCGGCUUCUUCCUUUUCUAUCGAGCAUCCAGAUCAGUUGAUCUGGAGAAGUCAUACGCCUGUCUCCCUUUGUUCCUGCAGGGGCUUGUUCCAGUCAUGCCUCAUAUUUUUCCUACAUGACUUGUGCCCUUUCCAUGCCAUCUUUCUUUAUUGGUUUUUAUUGUUGGAUAUCAUUUUGGGUAGACAGGAGUAUGUGCCUUUGUUGUGAUUAUAUAAAUAUACAUAUUUUUGACGUGCUUACCACUCAUUGUAGGCGUGUUUCUUCAUUGCCCUUUAUAUAUUGACAAUCAUCCCAGACAUGUUCUACUUGCCCUGCGAUCUUUCCCUC